ACUCCUAGUCUCCUGGAGCUCAUACUACUCUGCUGUCCUGUAUUUCUGCUUGAUCCUGUGGAAGAUCCAGCCUGACAGAAUGUGCGACCAGUUUGUGGGCACCUGGAAGCUCCUUUCUAGUGAAAACUUUGAGGACUAUAUGAAAGAGUUGGGUGUGGGGUUUGCCACCAGAAAAAUGGCUGGUGUGGCCAAGCCCAAUGUAACUAUCAGCAUCAAUGGGGAUGUGAUAACCAUCAAAACAGAAAGUACCUUCAAAAAUACAGAGAUCUCUUUCAAGUUGGGUGAAGAGUUUGAUGAAACCACAGCAGAUGACAGAAAAACAAAGAACGUCAUAACCCUAGAUAAUGGCUCACUGAACCAGGUGCAGAAGUGGGAUGGAAAAGAGACUAUAAUAAAGAGAAAAGUGGUGGAUGGGAACCUUGUGGUGGAAUGCACCAUGAACAAUGUUACCUGCAAAAGAGUUUAUGAAAAAGCAUGAGGAAGCAAUCAUCACACAGGACUAAUGCUUAAAGCUGUAGGAAAAACAAUUUCACUGAAGGAGUAAAGCUCCACAAAUAUAUUUUAAAGAGAACUGUACUUUUUACAGAUAAAUUGCAGAACAAUUGUAUGCAAUCUAAAUUGUGGCUAUUCAAUAAAAUGUUUUGCUUUCUACAA